ACGCCAUAGAAUUAAGCAGUUAAACAAAUAUGGGAGAAAUAGAAGUUAAGUACAUGGAAGUUCCUUCUGUCCAGGAACUGGCCAAGAAGAAACUCGUGACGAUUCCAUCGCGAUACGUACGUGAUGAUCAAGACCGUUCAAUUGCAACAUCAAAUUAUAAGCAAGUUCCAGUAAUUGAUAUGCAACGAUUGAUCAACUCUAACGAUCAUGACUCCAUGAAUCUUGAGCUUAAUAAGUUGCACUUUGCAGCUAAAGAUUGGGGUUUCUUUCAGUUAAUUAAUCAUGGAGUUAGUUGUUUAGUGGUGGAGAAGAUGAAACAUGAAACUCAAAAGUUCUUCGAUCUUCCAUUAGAAGAGAAGAAGAAGUUUGAACAAUCGUCAGGAGAUACAGAUGGAUUUGGACAGUUGUUCGUUGUCUCUGAUGAACAAAAGCUUGACUGGGCUGAUCUCUUUUACUUGAAGACCGCACCGACAUAUUUGCGGAAGCCUAUAUUUUCCAAGCUUUAUCUUUCACUUAGAGAGAUGAUUGAAGAGUACGCGGAUGAAAUGAAAAAGCUAAGCAUGAAAGUAUUGGAAAUGUUGGGUAAAGCUUUGGGGAUUGAUGAAAAAGAAGUGAAGAGUCUUUUUGAAGAAGGAAUGCAAUCAAUGAGGAUGAAUUACUAUCCACCAUGUCCACAACCUGGCAAAGUGAUGGGAAUUACUCCUCAUUCAGAUGCAACAGGCCUUACAAUACUUCUUCAAGUCAAUGAAACUCAAGGUCUUCAAAUUAGAAAAGAUGGAAUUUGGAUUCCCAUUGAACCACUCCCUAAUGCAUUCAUAGUCAAUGUUGGAGAUGCUUUAGAGAUUUUCUCAAAUGGAAUAUACAAAAGUAUAAAGCAUAGAUCAGUGGUGAGCUUAGCAAAAGAAAGGAUUUCAGUAGCAACAUUUCAGAGUCCAAGAUUGGAUGGUAUAUUAGGUCCAUCAAGUAGCCUUGCUACUGUUCAUAAUCCACCAAAGUUCAAAAAAAUCGGAGUCACUGAAUAUUAUAAAGGAUUUUUCACCCGUGAGCUUGUUGGGAAAUCAUAUGUGGACACCAUGAGAAUCACCAAUGAAGAUGAUCUAAAGAAUUAA